AUGGAUUCGAAGUUCACAAUCGAAGUAAAUCAUACAGGUUCUUUUGUCCCCAAACCGAUUGUGUAUUUCAAUCCAGUAAAAAUGGUUGUUAGCAAUGUCGAUUUCAGAAGCAUGAGUUUCGUGGAGUUCAUCUCGUAUGUGAAGAACUUGGUCAAGGAUGGAACAAUCAAUGUGUACUAUUGUCUUCCACAACGUUCACUGAGAGAUGGGUUAAGAGUCUUGGAAGAUGAAAAUGAUUAUGUUCGUUUCCUUGAUGUUGGGUAUGAGAAUGGGGGUAUGAUCAAUUUGUACAUUGAUCACAGUCAAUAUCCAGUUAUGGAGUGGAUUGAAGAAGAGAUAGCUGAAGAUGGAUCAGUAGAUGGUAAUACGGAUGAUGAUGAUGAUGUAGACUCUGAGAUUUCAGAUGAUGAGUUCGUGGAGCAUGACCCUGAUGAUGAAGUGAUACAACUACAGCCAUCUGAUGAUCCUUUCAUUAGAAGAAAACUUUUCAAGCCUCCAAGAAUUGUGGAUGGUGAGAAAGAUGAUAAGAAAGAUGCCAAGAAAAAUCUUCAUAAGUAUCCAGUUCAUGAUCCUAACCAAAAAUGGGAUACAAUGUCUCCAAUCUUAGGUAUGAAAUUCUGUGAUCGUUAUGAACUUAAGCAUUUGUUAAGUAAUUAUGUUGUUGCUAAUGGGUAUAAACUGUGGGCCUUAAAUUUAGGUUCAAUGGUCACAUAUAGUUGGAUUGGAAAACAGUUAAUAGAAACCAUAAUAGAUAAUCCAAGAAUUAGUUACAGGAAAAUGGCAGCAAUAGUCCUUAGAGAUUUUAAUCUAAAAGUUAGUUUUGGACGGUGUAGAAAUGCCAAAAAAUUUGCAAUGGAUGAGAUAGAAGGGAGCUUGGUGGCACACUAUGAAAAGCUUAGAAGUUAUGGUUUGGAGUUAUUGAGGACUAAUCCAGGUUCCACAGUGAAAUUGGAUGUGGAUAUCAUGCCUGAUUCUACAAUCCAUUUUUCUAAGAUGUAUAUUUGCUUGAAGGUUGUGAAGGAUGGUUGGAUUGAGGGGUGUAGAAGAGUGAUUGGUGUAGAUGGAUGUUUUUUAAAGGGACUUUGUAGAGGUGAGGUAGUUUCAGCUGUUGGUAGGGAUGCUAAUAACCAAAUGUAUCCUCUAGCCUGGGCUGUUGUACCAGUUGAAAAUAAGGCAAAUUGGAAAUGGUUUUUGGAUCUAUUACUUGAAGACAUUGAUAUGGGACAAGGUAGAGGACUAACCAUCAUAUCUGACCAACACAAGGGACUGAUUGAAGCAGUUAAGGAAAGAGUGCCAGAAUGUGAGCAUAGACAAUGUGUCAGGCAUGUUUAUGCCAACUUCAAGAAAAAUUCUCAGGAGCUGAAUACAGGAAACUUUUCUGGUUUGCUGCCAAGGCCACAACAACCACAAAAUUUGAAGACAUCAUGA